AUGAAACUGACAACACGACCAGUAGUCGGCCGACUUAGUGUAUUUUGUCCAUUGGGACAGAAGUGCGUGGUCGGAGGCCACAACUAUAGUCUUCUUUCUCACAGCAGGUCGAUCUUGUCUAAAAAGCCAAUCCGGGACAUCCAUCCGAAAAAACCAGCUAGAACGAGAUUCGCACCUUCUCCCACUGGCAAAUUGCAUUUGGGCUCUCUGAGAACUGCUUUGUACAACUUUCUGCUUGCAAAAAGCACGGGCGGGACGUUUUUACUACGAUUGGAGGACACUGAUCAGAGAAGACUGGUUCCAGGUGCAGAACAGAACAUUUACGAUUCGCUCAAGUGGUGUGGAAUCACAUACGAUGAAGGUCCCCGUGUAAAUGAGGAAAAAUACGGCCCAUUCCGUCAAAGUGACCGAACCGAGAUAUAUCGUAAAUACAGCGAAAAGCUCUUGGCCUCGGGACAUGCAUACCGGUGCUUUUGCUCGAAGGAACGACUAGACGGGCUGCGGGAAAGUGCACAGAAACUGCGACCUCCAGCAACUUCCAGCUACGACAGACAUUGCGCCCAUCUCUCAGAGACUGAGAUUCAGGAAAAGCUCGAGCAGAAAACUCCCUUUACCAUACGUUUGAAGUCUCCCGAGCAAUACGAGCCCUUCACAGAUCUUCUGCAUGGUGCCAUCAAUGUUCAGCCGCAGACCAAUGCCAUUGACAGGCGUUACGACGACCCGAUUCUCGUCAAGUCCGACGCGCUGCCCACUUACCAUUUCGCGAACGUAGUUGACGACCAUUUGAUGGAGAUCACACAUGUGGUGCGAGGCGAGGAAUGGUUGCCUUCGACUCCCAAACACAUCGCUCUUUAUCGGGCCUUUGGGUGGACACCUCCCGAGUUUAUUCAUAUACCAUUGCUAACGUCGCUCAGCGACAAAAAACUUAGCAAAAGACGGGGCGACGCAGACGUCAUAGCUCUCAAAGACCGCGGGGUGCUUCCAGAGGCCCUCGUAAACUUUAGUGUGCUGUUUGGAUGGUCCCCACCGCGCGAGGAUGCCGCCAAGAAUCACGAGUGCUUCCGUCUGGCAGAACUGAUCAAGCUUUUUGACCUGAAUAACCUGACGAAAGGAAACGCCAAAGUUGAUGACAAGAAGCUCUGGUUUUUCAACAAGCACUAUCUAUCGGAGCGGUUGCAGGACCCGGAGCAGCUAGACCAAAUUGUUGCCGAACUUUGCCAGAAUUUUAAAAAAUUCUAUCCCAACGUUAGUCAAUCUGAGAUCAGGCGGGCACUACAGCUUGUGGGGAACUCUCUGACUACUUUGGAGGAUCUACAGCGUGACUUUUACUACCUGUUCUCGAAGCCCACUUUCAAAAGCAACGAACAUGUUAGGCAGUUUAUCCAAAAGCAGGAUCUGCGUCAAGUGCAAACCAUUCUCCGUCAAUUGGAAAACAACAUCACAGAUAAUAGCGACAUCGCCUCAAUAAUAGAACAGAUUGCACGCGAUGUAAGUGUCCGGAAAGGCGUGGUUUUCGAGGUUAUUCGGUUUGCAUUGGCAGCUUCAAUCCCAGGCGUCAAGAUACCGUUUUUGAUCGAAUUUUUGGGCAUUCAAGAAACCAAACUCAGAAUUGAAGAGGCCAUUAAAGAGCUUGGUCUGACCAAUGAUACUAGUUGA